AUGGUCAGAGAAGAAGACGAAAAUCGAUUGUUAUACUAUCGUACCCUUUUUAGUCAAUAUUUAGUUGAUAUGUAUGCGAAAAUAGAAACGGAAAGAUUGAAUUAUAGCAGGCACAACCAAGCAUACCUCAGAGCAGAUAGUUAUGUACAUUUGAAAGAUGCUUUAGGAAGGCAGGACAUCGAUAUUACUCAACUUGGUAAUAGGGUGGUACUCCCUUCAUCGUUUACUGGAUCACCUCGAUAUAUGCAUGAAAGAACUCAAGAUGCAAUGACCUACGUACGCCAUUACGGUCGCCCUGACCUUUUCAUCACAUUUACAUGCAAUCCUCAAUGGAAAGAUAUUGCAGAUGCAUUGCUGCCUGGUCAAAAGCCACACGAUCGUCAUGACAUUAUAGCACGGGUAUUUCAUUUAAAAGUUAAAGCAAUUAUGUCACUGCUAACAAAAGGAAAUUUGUUUGGAAAAGUGCGUUGCUUUAUGUAUUCCGUUGAAUGGCAGAAGCGAGGUCUUCCACACAUCCACAUUUUGUUGUGGUUGGAGCAGCGAAUUUCUGCGGUUAAUAUAGAUAAUGUUAUCUGUACGGAGAUACCGGAUCCUCAAAAGGAUCCUAUCCUUUAUAAAAUUAUCAAAACCAAUAUGAUCCAUGGGCCCUGCGGAAAUUUGAGGAAAUCCCCGUGUAUGAAAGGAGGUUGCUGUAGCAAAAAAUAUCCUCGAAUUCUCCUGAAAGAAACCCAAACAGGCGACGACGGCUACCCUAAAUAUCGGCGAAGAGGUCCCGCGGAUGGUGGAUUCACGGUUGAAAUCCAUGGUGUAACCCUAGAUAAUAGAUGGGUGGUACCCUAUAAUCCAGUUUUGUCUCGAACUUUUGCUGCUCACAUCAACAUCGAGUAUUUGCACUUGGAAAAUGGCCAGCGUGUCUAUUUUAAUCCUAAGGACUUCAAUAAUGUGACUGAAAAGGUAAAUAAUCCACAGAAAACUACUCUUCUAGCAUUUUUUGAUCUUUGCAAAACGGAUAAUUUUGCAAAAACCCUUCCCUAUGUUGAAGUUCCUUCAUACUAUGUGUGGAAAAGUACUAAAUUUGAGAGACGAAAAGGUGGAAACAAUGUUGAUGGUUGGCCGGGAGUCAAAAAAGAUCAAGCUUUGGGCAGAGUGUACACCGUCCACCCUAAUAACGCCGAAUGUUACUACCUUCGUCUUCUUCUUCAUCAAGUGAGAAGGCCAACAUCAUUCUCGGAUUUAAAAACUAUUGAUGGUGUCGUUUAUCCCACAUACCAGUCAUCAUGUAAAUCUUUGGGUUUGCUAGAAGAUGACAAGCAGUGGAAUGCUACAAUGGAAGAAGCUGCUCUUACUGAUUCUCCUUUUAAACUACGAGACCUGUUCUCAAUUUUGUUGAUAUUUUGCAAAGUAACAGACGCUUUAAGUAUAUGGGAGAAAUAUAAAAACAGUCUGUCGGAGGACAUAAAACGUCAAGUGCAGUCAGAGUGUCAAGACAGUGUUCAGAUUAUGAAUGAAGUGUACAACAAGUGUCUGAUUUCCAUUGAAGAUACGGUUUUAUCUUUAGGAGGACAAUGUUUAGAGUAUUAUGGUUUGCCUCAGCCUGUAAGACGUGAAGAAGUCAUACAAAACAGAGACUAUCUCAGAGAGAUUAGCUAUGACACACUUUUAUUGGCUCAAGUAGUAUCCAACAACGAAAGUUUAUUAAAUACAGAACAAUAUCAAAUUUACAACCAAGUUUUAGAUAGUAUCGAGAAUGGCACUGGUCAAGUAUUCUUUUUGGAUGCUCCUGGAGGCACGGGUAAAACGUUUCUUUUAAAAUUAUUAUUGGCUAGAGUACGAAAAAAUGGCGGGAUAGCCUUGGCAGUUGCUUCUUCUGGCAUAGCAGCCACGUUGCUAGAUGGCGGUAAAACAGCGCAUUCUGCUUUUAAAUUACCCUUAAAUCUAAUGCGCGUAGAGACACCUCUGUGCAACAUUUCAAAGCAGAGCAAUAUGGCGCAAGUCUUGAAAGAAACAAAACUUAUAGUAUGGGAUGAAUGCACUAUGGUCCAUAAAGGAGGCGUAGAAGCUUUCAGUAAAACUCUGCGAGAUAUAAGAGAAAAUGGUAGUUUGAUGGGCGGCGUUACGGUUCUCUUAGCUGGAGACUUUCGACAAACCUUACCCGUCGUACCAAGGGGAACAGGAGCCGAUGAAGUGAGGUCAUGUUUAAAAUCAUCGUAUUUGUGGCCCCAAAUUAAGAAGCUCGCCUUAAAGACAAAUAUGAGAGUACUUUUAGGAGGUGAUGCUACCGUUGGUGAGUUUGCACAGACUGUGCUUCAAAUAGGAGAUGGAAAUUACCCUACAGUUGAUGGUAAGGUUAUUAUACCACCAACUCUGGCUACGGUAGUAGAAUCUCUUACAGAACUAACCAACAAAAUUUACCCCGACAUCAUCAAUCUCAAGGCAAAACCCAUAGACUGGUUAUGCGAACGUGCUAUUUUGACUCCCAAAAAUGAUAGAGCGGCUGGUAUUAACGAUCUUUUGUUAAAAUCAUUUGAAGGAGAAGAAAUUCAAUAUAAAUCCGUGGAUUCGGUAGUACAAACUGAUGAUGCUAUAAAUUAUCCAGUCGAGUUUUUAAAUACGCUUAACCCAGCUGGUCUUCCCUCUCAUAAUCUCACACUUAAGAUUGGCGCACCAGUUAUGCUAUUAAGGAACCUGAACCCUCCAAAGUUAAGCAAUGGCACCAGAUUGCAAAUAACGGCUCUCCACCGGAAUGUUGUAGAGGCCACGAUAACCACGGGAUGUGCUCAAGGGGAAAAGGUAUUCAUACCACGAAUACCUUUAAUACCGUCAGAAUACCCAUUUGAAUUCAAAAGGUUGCAGUUCCCCCUGAAGGUCUGUUUCGCAAUAACUAUCAAUAAAGCACAAGGUCAAACAUUGAAAAUGGCCGGAAUAGACCUGAUGGAAGACUGUUUUUCUCAUGGACAGUUCUAUGUGGCCUGUUCCAGAGUGAGUGCCGCGAGUCGUCUGGUAAUUCUAGCACAUGGAAAGCUUACGACGAAUGUGGUAUACAAAGAAGUACUUUGUUAG